AGAAAUUCCUGUUAGUGUCAUGAGUGUUAUAUGAAUUGGAAAGUGCUAAUUUUUUCAGCUUGCUUGCUUCUAGUUGGAGUCAGAGGGUCUGAUCUGUGCCCUGAUGCAUCAUUCCAAUCGGUGACAGAGAAAAAUCCUGUACAAUGUAAAAGUGUCUGCUAUCGUCGAGACUUCAGCCAUUUCCGGUGGCUAUCCGGUGUCUUCUGCUUUUGUUCCAACAGUAAUGAAUGUGCUGGCUUUGGUAGAUCCGAGUCAAGUUUCCCUGUACUCUUAACCCUGUCAGCAUCUGAUGGUAAUAUAUCAGAGCCUAUUCAGGUUGAUGCAAUUGUAACACUUGCUGAUAGAACGUACAAUGGUGAGGUGGAUUUGGUGCUUGAUGGGAUUGAAAUUUCAGUUACAAGCUCCAAUGGUUAUGCUGUCUUCUCUGUGUUGAGAACGUUCCUCAAACCUGGUGAAAUACGGAUAAAAGCUAGUGCAGCAAGUGAUGGUUUGACAAUCAGUAACUCGACAGUGAUAACCGUUCAUUGCAAGAUGAUAAUUGGUGACCAGUCCCCAUCAGAACUGAUUGUUGAAAGUGGAGUUACGCAGACGUUGCCUUUUCAGCUGAUCGCUGGGUACAAUGUAUAUGUCAAUGUCAAGACAGAUGGUCUGGACAAGUAUUCGUUUCUCAUCAUGGAUCCGAAAGUGCUGGUAUCAGGAAGUGUGUUUACUUCACUAACAGAAACCUCUCCUGGGACCCUCUACUAUUCUGACAUAUCAUUGAGCAAAGGUUACAUCUACGGAGUCCAAUUGCUUUCUUCCAGGGCUGGAACUAUUGAUUUAGAGGUACGUUGUGGACUAUCGAACACCUUGCUGAACUCAACAUCAUUAAACCUCGUCAAAGGAAUAAACAGUGCAAUCUUGAGGCCCAUUUUCGUAGAGAGUAGUGAGUGUUUCAUUGCUGUGAUGAGUGCUGACACCGCUAGACUUUACACAAAGAACCAAAUGCCAAAUUCUGGAGAACCUUACGAGAUUGUCGAAAUGUCGCUCUCCGUCUUCACAAGUCAGCCGAGAGAGAUUAACGUACCUGUACAUUGGGACAAACCCGGAAAUCAUGAAGUCCUGUUUACGUUCACCAGCUUUGAUAAAAAGAAAGAGAGUAGCACUGGAAUAACUGUUCUUGACAAAGUUCAGGGACUGAAGAUGAGUGUGGUCCUGUUUGAUAAACUCUACCAUUACUACUCAGAAGAUGGGAACAAGCUCGCCGUUAAUGUUUCUGAUGAACUUGUGUUUUCCGUCGGCGUUGAAAAAGGAACAGAAGUAACGUACACGUGGUAUCCAGACCCCAACACCCUGACCUUCUCCACCCUGACUACGCACACCAUCAGCGUGACUGCCGACAACCUGCUCUUGCAGCCUCAGACAGUGGAGUUGGUGGUGGAAGUGACUGACCAAGAGUUCCAGGUUUCAUACCUAGAGGUGGUGUCGGAGGUGAUGUUGGAGGACAAGGGGGUGGUGUUUGUGCUGACGGGGGGAGGGAUUCAGAUCAGCUGCAAUAUUACCAGAGGUACAGGAUUGAAGAUAACCCUGCAUCCUGGAGACGACACCCCCAUAGUCCUCUCAGAAGACCUAUACAACAAGGACGCAUCCUACACCUUAUCCUACACCUACACCUACCCGGACCCUGUCCAGUCAACCUCUCUAACGGUCUGUGUCUCCAACACUCAGCUAGAACAGUGUAGUGAGUUCCAGAACAAGAUUACCGUUGUUAAAAGAGUGGAAAAACCAACCAUUCCACUUCCUGACUUCAUUGAAAGAGGUCAGGUUCUGGAGCUAGAGUCUGAUGUGGUAGCGGACAACUACCUGUGGACCCACAACAAUCCCAAAGUGGACAUGAUUCUCACACAAUCGGGUUUAGAGUUCCCUGAAAAUGAAAAUGUUGAUAGUUCUACCAACAACCAGGCUUCCUACAAAUUUUAUUUCAAAACGAUCGGAACUUUAACUAUAGGCCAGUACGUGUACAAUAUGUUGAGUUGGCAGUAUACAGAGAAAACAGUUUAUGUAGAAUCUUUGGUGGGAAACGUGCCAGUCAGAUUCGUACCAGACGAGUACGCUACAACCAGCCAGCCAGUUAACUUGGUGAUCAGCUGUCCUACAACCAGCUACCAGAACGUCACCAUUAAAACCACUGCUGAGGAGGACACUGUGGAGUGCCAGCGGGAGACAGUGGAGUUCACCCUCACUUUCAACUCACCAGGGGAACAACUUGUUGAGGUUACAACUUACAACAAUAUCAGCUCGUCCGAAGAGACACAUACGAUCAUCGUGCAGGAUGUUGUGGAUGUUGUGUUUUCUGUUGCCUCCGUUGGGAUCUCACCUAAUACCUCCGUAGCUGUUGGCAGUUCUGUAUCUUUUGUCGCUACAUCUGGGGCUGAGUUUGUUCCACAACCAGAUUUAGUGGUUUCGUGGAACGUGUCUGAUGUUCUUGUUACCAAACAUAUGCUAUCUGAUACUAAUCCUGUAUUGAUCUCCUCAGUUUCUUAUCUCUUCAACGAGGUUGGGGAGCAGAAGAUAAGAUGUUGUAUCCGUAACAACGUGAGUUCUAGCUGCGCGCACAACUCCCUGCACGUGCUGACGCCUGUUUCAGGACUAGUAAUCACUUACGCAAACUCUUCCUACGUCAUAGCUCCAGGACAAGCUGUUCAACUGCGAGUCAGUGUGAAGGAAGGGAGUGAGUUUGGAGUUGUUGCUAAGAUUGGAAGCGUCUCCUACGAUGUACCCAUGAGUAACAAUCAAGGGACACUACAACAUAAGUUCACCGAAGCUGGCGUAUUUCCUGUGACCAUGUCUGCGUUUAACGAUAUCUCCAGUAUCAACAAGUCCCUCCCCUCCUUUAUAUACGUCCAGAAUGAGGUUCAGGGAGUCAGCCUUCUCGAUCAUUCCUACCACAAACAGGAGAUGGAUAAGAGUACGCUGCGAACCAACGAAGUGUAUCUUACAGUGUUGAUAGAAAGAGGCACUAACGCUACUGUGAGGUGUGACUUUGGAGAGAAAGAGAAUUCCAACUCUAUUGUAACUGAGGAGGCAGAACACUCACCUUACAACCUCUCUGUAGCUGAGAGGGAACAGACCAUCACGUGCAAGUACAGGUACAAAACAACUGGUGUAUUUAAACCAUCAGUUCGUGUUUCAAACAGCAUCAGCUACAUCGACAUCCCAACAUCCACACUUCCUGAGUUUAUAGUUGAGAUACCGAUAGAGGGUUGCGUUAUCAUCCUGCCGGACACAACCAGGAUAGACCGGGAACUGGAGCACGAUUACUCGCUAGUCGCUGGUUCUAAUGUUGUUCACACCUGGUUCAUUGAUGGUGUUCCGUUUGACGGGGCAGUGUUUCAGCCGACUCGUGAGGGUAUGUUCAAUAUAUCCCUGAAGUUGGAAAACAAUCUUAGCAGUUUAAUGGUCUACAAGGUCGUUUCGGUGGAAUCAAAACUAUCAUCGGUUACAUUUGCUAAGAACCUUGGUUCCUAUCAUAAGUUGAGUGCACCGGUAGAGUUUGAACUGGUGCUAGCCCCUGAGGCCGAUUUUAAUGUGGAAUAUAAUGUUAACAUGGGUGAUGGCGUUGUCUACAGCACAUCUGAAGUAUCUCAUUUGUAUCCUGAUAUCGGUAACUAUGAGAUAUUCGUCAGGGUCUCCAACUCUUUAUCAACUAUCAGUCUAACAAAGAAUCUCAACGUUCAAGAUGAGAUUUUACGGGUAAUGAUCAAAGGAAGUUUAAUGGUUCUAGAGACACAACUGUCCUCUUUCAACGCUGAAGUAUUCAAGAAAUCAACCUCCAAGCUAGAAGAAAAUGUCCACUACGUGUGGAAGUUGGACGGAGUAACGCAACAACAGGACGCUUCAGACUUCAGCAUCAUCCUAGAAACCCCGGGCACCUACACCCUGAGUCUGAGCGUCUACAACGACGUGAGUGAGCAGAGUGUGUCAGAGACACUAGUGGUGACGAGCAACAGCAGCUGCCACCCUCCACUUGUGCACAUCACCGGGGGUGAUAACAUCAGGGUCCUUUCCACUGACUCUGUCUCUUUUGAAGCGGUCAUCACCACCAACUGUGAGAGUAAACACGCUAUAAAGUGGUCUGUUUUGACGCUUGAGAGGGAGAGUGUCCGAGAUUUUACGGAGUCUAGGUCUAAAACUCUGACUUUCCGUGCAAAUUUCUUGGACGCAGGAAGCUACAUUAUGAGAAUGGUGGUUUAUGUGGCGGAGUCUCCAGACUUAUACAGAUCCGAUGAAGUUUUGAUGACCGUGGUUUCUGUUCCUAUCAUACCUAUCUUAAAUUACCCAACAUUCACUACCACUAACACAAAAGAAACACUCAGAAUAUCUUUUGCUCACAGUUUAAUCUUGAACACCUCUUUAACGUUAGACGACUUCCACUUCACCUGGUCCUGUAGCUUCAGACCAAUACAGCUCCAUUACGACCCCUGUCUCCAACAGAACCUCGUCAACUCACCCGACGUCUCCUUCCGUUUCAACGUCUCGGGAUUCGUUGACAUCUCCGUCAACCUCCAGCUGAACGACCAACCCAUCAGCUCCACUAAUCUGGUUCUCAACGUGACUAACUACGUGGUGCCACUUCUGAAGCUCACUGUGUCAGACCUGCACGAGUUGUCGCCAAACAAGAGGACAGUGGCCUCCCUACAGUGUUCUCACAGAGGGGUACCUUGCUUUAAUCCUGAUGUGUACUGGAGUGUGGUGGAGUUGUCGAGCGAGGAGUGCGGGUAUACAACCGUCCAACAGAGCAGCGUCUCAACUUUCUCUCUGAAAGAGGAGAUGACGACAACAGGUCUGAAUAAGAAGAACUUGGUGGUAAAGAGUGGAGUGUUUAAAGCGGGAGGGAGGUACAAAGUAGAGGGAUGUGUGUGGCAGGGGGUAUGUGCGGGACAGUUACUCCAGUUCCAAUGUGGCCCUAGUGGUGGACAGUGUGAUGUGCUGCUCAACAACGACGGUAUAGUGGAAGUAUCGUGCUCAAACUGGGUCUCACAAAGUGGACAAAUCCACUAUCACGUGACCUACAACAGCACCCAGUUCCCGGUGGUGGUGUACAGUGGUCCUCAGUCCCACUCUCGGUUCCUCCUCCCAGAGGGACCUCACCUGGUCACUGUUGUUGUGUUUGAUAGCUCCGGGGCAAGGACCAGUCUGACGCCUGUUCUUGUCGCUGUGCCAAGUUGGACUGAGAGUGCGUUGAACACAACUGAACUGUUGAACAGUAACGAAUAUCAGUUAGUUCUUCAACUCAUCAACUCAGAUGUCAACAGUCUUAUCAGUGAGGAGGACAGUGCAACCAACAAAUGGGCGGCAGAGCUGAGGGAAGUGUUAUCUGGAGUAAACAACACUGGAGACCUCUCUACUUAUCUUAGUAGUCUCAGCUUCACUGUCGCUAACUUCCUCAACACUAACGCUAACGAGGAAGGAUUGCAGCUGUUUAUUGAGUUUCUAGAGAUGUUGUUGACAUUUCUUAGAGAAGUUUUAGCGGGAGAGUACUCACUGCCCGACAACUCACUUGAAGUUAUCCUGGAUAUUCUCAACAAACUUCUCUCGCUUACCCAGAAACUGUUCUCAUCAGGAGAGACGGAACUAUAUCUGUCCCUGUUAAACCAGGCCUACACCUUGUGUGAUGACGUCACUGCCCUCGUGCUCACUAUCCAACUUAAUGAGCGGGUAUCUGGGGAAGCGGACUUGGUACAAAAACAACAGUUCGUAGGGGUCCUUGGUAGAAAGCUAGAACCUGACACGUUAGAAGAGAAACAUUUGAAACGUCAGGAUACAAGUUCCAGCUACCACACAGUGUGGAUUUCCAGCGUGAGGAAUGUGUACAGGGUCACAUGGUGCUAUAUGAUGAGAACCCGUACGGUGCUCUGGACCCUGUCUCAAGUCACGUCAGCUCCUUGUCUCUGAGAUAUUGUAAUGGAUCAGAAGUCCCAAUUAUGGACACAAAGGAGGAUAUAACCAUCACCCUUCCUGUUAACGAUACCAAGG